UAUACGCCGGGUGUAUAAAUACAGAGCGCCGUCGAAGAGAAAUUUCAGUUUGCAAUCCAACGCCGAGUUGACUUCAAUAUUAAGUGAAUUUCGUUUCAACUACGCUUAAGUUUUGGAAAAAAUGAGUUCUUCUAAGCAUUUAGGCAAAGGCUCCCCCAGGCCCGUGCUCCCGGAAGAUGGACUCCUCCGACUGUUCUCCAUGAGGUUCUGUCCCUAUGCCCAGCGUGCCCACCUCGCCCUGAAUGCCAAGAAAGUGCCCUACCACACGGUGAACAUCAACCUCACCGAGAAACCAGAGUGGCUGGUGGAGUUCAGCCCGCUGCUUAAGGUUCCUGCCCUGCAGCUGGUGGGGGAGAAGGGGCAGCCCGCUCUCAUCGAGUCGCUGGUCAUCGCCGAGUACUUGGACGAGAAGUACCCGCAGAAUCCGCUCCUGCCCAAGGACCCCCUGAAGCGGGCCCAGGACAAGAUCCUGCUGGAGCGCUUCAGCGGCAUCACCAAUGCCUUCAUGAAGAUCCUGAUGCAGGGCACCGGUCUGGAUGACUACUGGGUGGCGCUGGACAUCUUUGAGCAGGAGCUGACCAAGCGGGGCACCCCCUUCUUUGGCGGCGACAAGCCCGGCUUCGUGGACUAUAUGAUCUGGCCCUGGUUCGAGCGCCUGUCGGUGAUUGAGCUGAAGCUGCCGCAGGAGUACAACUUUGAUGAGAAGCGCUUCCCCAAGAUUACUAAGUAUAUUGCCGAUCUGAAGGAGGAUUCUGUGGUAAAGUCCUUCUAUGCCACUCCUGAGCAGCAUAACGAGUUCUGGAGGACCCGCAAGUCCGGCAAUGCCAACUACGAUCUGCUGGCUUAGAUCGGUACUUAAAAUUAAUUGUAAAGAAGAUUAAAAAAAAUUGAAAGAAAGAACAAAUUAUUUUUAAAAAAAAUGAAAAACAAGGACAACUAAGAAGAAAAAAAAACAAGGCAAAAAAGAAAAGAAAAAUAUAAAGAUAAAUAAAAUGAGUUAAAAAUUAAAAUAAA